CAAGGGGGGCAGUGCACGGCUCGUGGGCAGGAGGUCACUUGAGCGCUUUCGACUUUUGAGUCGACCAAAAGACGUGUGUUCUGGCGCCACACGCGGCUCUGGCAGCAUGCAGCCUCAGGCAGAAGGACCCAAGUACGCCCAUCCGCAGGUGGUCUUCUUCACCUGCUUCUUCAAGGCGGCAGCGCUGGGCUUCUACCUGCUGGGCAGCUGGUUCACGAGCAGCUUUGUGAUCGACUUCGUGGUGUGCGUGCUGCUCAUCGCGCUCGACUUCUGGGUGGUGAAGAACGUGAGCGGCCGCAUCCUCGUGGGGCUGCGCUGGUGGAACGAGACCGACGACGCCGGCGAGACGCUCUGGCACUUCGAGUCGCUCGACCAGGCCUCGUUGGACCAGCUGAGCAAGACUGACGCAUGGGUCUUCUGGUGGACACUCUAUUGCACGCCAGCGCUGUGGCUGGGGCUGGGGCUCAUCCAGGUCAUCCGCCUCAGCUUCGACUAUCUGCUCAUCAUCAUCGUGGCUCUCGUGCUCGGCGCUGCCAACAUCUAUGGCUACACCAAGUGCCGCCGAGAUGCCAAGAAGCAGAUCCAACAGUUUGCAGCACAGACCAUGGCACAGAAUUUCGCCUCCACGCUCACCUCUGCCCUCGCAGCCUUCAACUACUGGAGCUAUCUCCCCGGCGCCGCCCCCGCGCUGCUGCGGGAGAUGCAGGCGGAGAUGUUUUCGACAGCAGCAGCUCUGGGGCUCGUAAGUAACGGCGAGAGGGGCAACUCUGGUAACCUGGACCUUUCACGAAACGCGCAGAGUCAGAUCAACACGGCCGUGCCGUCCUUUGGUAUUCCUGGACUUAGCCUGCUCGGCCGACGGCUGCUCGAGCGCCAUGACCAUGCACAAACCCUCCAAGUGGUCACACGCGUGUUCAACAGCCACAGCGCCACCAGCCGCAAGCAGGUGGGGCCGAACGCGGGCAUGGGAGCGUACGCGCAGAGUGGCAACAUCGGCAGCAUCAACAACCAGAACACCGUCAACGACCAAACCGCGGACGCCACCAAAACCGGGCCUGGCACUCCCGGGGUCAUCGCGACGCCGUACUCGCAGUACCAGAAGCGAGGGGCGACGGCUUACCAGACCAACACGCAGUCGCAGACGGCGACGACCAAUGGCAUCACGCCCACAUACCAGUUCGGCUCCACGUCGGCGACCAACACGAUUACGGCCCUAGGCGGCGGGGGAGCUGGAUACGGCGGGGUAGGAGCUCUUGUGGGGGGGACGGGGGCGGCGCUCGGCACACUGAGCAGCGCGGGGGUGCCGUUUGCAACGUCGCUAAUGUCGACGAAUCCGACUGGUGAUCCGAUUGGCACAGGGGUGAGGUGCGUGAGUCAGUUUGCCGGUGGCGGGUGCAGCGAGGAGGGGUUUCUGCCCGCAGCGCAUGCGAGCGCGAGGCCCAUCGAGGUGAUCUCUGAGCUUGGAGCAGCAAGGGCGUAG